AUGCUUCCGGGUUCGGGUAGUUGGAACGCCUACAGCUUUAUGUGGAGUUUAUGCGUAGCGGUCACUCUGCGGAUUUCAAAUUUUGCAGUUCUUCUAUGAAUUUUUUGAACUAUCAUCGUUUUUAACUAGUUUGGGCUUUCAAUCGAUAUUUAAUACGGAGGAGAGGAAAUGUUCAGGUCUCCGCUUCGCGACCGCUGCGCGUCAGAGUCCCAACUGUCGUGCAGCUUCCAGGAGCGACAAAAAACUUCUGAAACUCCAAAAAAGACUCCCAAGAACCUCAGCCAUCGCUGAGAAGAGAUACUCCUCGAUGCCUCGAAGAAACGCUUCUGAAGGCGUCAACCACAAACAUGAGUCUUGUUGUAAUCCUCAUCAUCUUCCUGCGCCCCUCAUUCUGUAG